AUGGCGCGGGCCCCGGGCGGGGUUCUCCUGCUGCUGCUGUGGUUCUGGUUCUGGUCCUGGUUCUCGGGGUCGUCCCUCGGCUGCCUGCAGGACCCGGCCGCCGCCUACCGGCUGAGCGGAGCCGUGUGCCGCCUCACCCACCCGGCCGCCGUCGUCUUGAAUGAGAAAACCACGCGGGUGAUCGAGGCGGCGUUCCAGAGCGCCCGCUACCCCCGCAUGGCGGGCGAGAAGGCCGUGCUGUUCGUGGGGAAGGUUCUGUACGGCCUGGACAACCUGGAGAUCAGCAACCUGACCAUCGGCCGGAGCGACUUCCGGCUGCUGCCCGGCGUCGGCAUCGCCAUGGAGAUCCAGAACGUGUCGGCGGUAUUCAGAGGAAUGCUGCAGUACGGAUACGGCAGCUGGCUAGUCAACGUUGGCCACUCGGUGGAUUUUGAAAUCGAGUCUCAGAUCGAUCUCGGGAUCAACCCCAAACUCUACUGCGGUGGAGGAAAAGUCGCAGCAGACACUUCCGACUGUUACCUGAACUUCCACAAGCUGCUGCUGCACCUGCAGGGAGACAAACAACCCAACUGGCUGAAGAAGCUCUUCACCAACUUCAUCACAUUCACCGUCAAGCUGGUCAUCAAAGGACAGAUCUGUCAGGAGAUCAACAAGGUGGCGAACAUCCUGGCCGAAUUCAUCCAGGACACUGCAGGUCACUUCCUCAGUGACGGAGACAUCAGCGUGGACAUCGGAGUGACUGCAGCUCCUGUCAUCACUGAGAACUACAUUGAAUCGUAUCACAAGGGCCUGACCACCUACAACCACAGCUCUGCGGUGAUCAGCGACUCGGUGUUCCACCCCAGUCAGCUGACGGAGGACCGGAUGCUGUACUUCUGGAUCUCAGACGAGGUGUUCAACCCCAUGGUCGCCGCCGCUCACCAUGACGACCGCUUCCAGCUGAACAUCUCUGGAGGACACUUCCUGGAACUGUUCCGGACCAACUUCUCCAGCACGAUCCCCGACUUCCUGGACGAGUGUCUGACAGGAACAGCAUCUCCGGAGCUCCGGGUGUGGAGCUCCUCCGUCCCCCGCCUGAACACCUCCGGCUCGGGGACGAGGGUCUGGGCCCAGGCGUCCGGACGGAUCGACUGCGGGAGUCCAGACCGGCCGGCGCUCGUCUUCCAGACGGACGUGGUGGUGGACGUCAAGGCGUCCUACGCUGACAAGAAGCUCUUCCUUCAUGGCAGUCCCAGACAGAUCUCCAUACUUCGGGCAGAACGUCCUUCGGAGAAUCAUGCACCACUGGACGAGGCGCAGCUGGACUUCCUGAGGGAGGCGGUGGAGAGAGUCGGCAUCACCAGAGUCCUGGCUGUUCUGGAGGUGGAGCUGACCAGACUGCUGGACAAACAAGGAGCAAACCUGUUCGACAUUCUGAACCCGGAACUUCUGCCCCGGGAUGGCUUUGUGCUGAUCCAGAUGGACUUUGGGUUCCCUCAUCACCUCCUGGUGGAGUUCCUGAAGAAAACACUGCAGUAG